GGAGCUGAGGGGUGGAGCUGAGGCUGGGGGAGGAAGGUGUGGGGGGACCCAGGGGUCCUGUCUCCAAGCCUGGUUGCUCUUACCCGAAAAGUGGGGACACUGAGGUGUCACAGCUUCUCUUUUGAGACAGAGAGGAAGUAGGAGGGUGAGGCCCAUCCAGGUAGACACAGACACACACAGAGACACACAGCUUCCUGUAACAUUUCCGAGUGUCAAAUUCCAUCUCCCGGUCUGGAGGUUUUUCUUCCUGAGACUUCUAGGCUCCAAAGACCCUCUUGAUCAGGGCAAGGAUGAGGGUGCCCCAGGGUGGGAGAGUCGUGGAUCCCUGAAAAGAGGAGGCUGCUCCCUCUCUUCCCUCCCCCCACCUCCAGAUUUCCUCAUCUGCCUUGACACCUUCCGGUGGGUGGGGACGUGUAUGGACAAAUUUGUGGGCUGGGGACCAUGGAAGUGGAGGAAAUCUACAAGCGCCAGGAAGUCAAGAUGCAAGCACCAGCCUUUAAGGACAAGAAACGGGGGAUCUCAGCCAAGAAUCAAGAUGCCCAUGACCCAGACUAUGAGAAUAUCACCUUGGCCUUCAGAAACCAGGACCAUGCGAAGGGUGGUCAUUCACAACCCACGAGUCAAGUCCCAGCCCAGGGCAGGCCACCCUCAGACUCCACCCAGGUCCCCCGCUGGUUGUACAGAGCCAUCCUGAGCCUGUACAUCCUCCUGGCCCUGGCCUUUGUCCUCUGCAUCAUCCUGUCGGCCUUCAUCAUGAUGAAGAAUGCUGAGAUGUCCAAGCAGCUGCUGGGCUUUAAAACGGAGCUUUGGAACGUCUCAAACUCCAUGCAAGCAUGCGAAGAGAGACAGAAAGAAGUCUGGAAAUCUGUUCAGGGGAGCAUCACCACGGUCAGGAGCAAGGUGGAGAAAUUAGAGAUGCAUUUAGCAGACAUAAGAAACGUUAACACAAAGGUACAGAAAAUCUUGGAGUUGCUGCAGACAAAGCCAGAGUCCCCACCUCAAUAAAUGGGAGAACAUUGUGGCAGCCAAAGCUAAAGCUUGGAAGACGGGGCUGCAUCUGCUAAUGAAGACGGGAAGUGACCCCCCUCCAGCCUAGUGUGAACCUGCCCCUCGUCCCACAUAUAGAAAACCUCGAGUCAUGGUGAAUGAGUGUGUCGGAGCUGCUCGUGUGUGUGUACACCUGCGUGUGUGUGUGUGCGUGGUGUGUGUGCGCGUGGUGUGUGUGCGCGUGUGUGCACGGUGUGUGUGUGCAUUUUGCAAAGGGUGGACAUUUCAGUGUAUCCCCCAGAAAGGUGAUGAAUGAAUAGAACUGAGAGUCACAGUGAGUGUGGCGUGCACGUCUGUGUCACGUGACAUACGUGAGUCUCGGCAUGUCACGGUGGGUGGCUGUGUCUGAGGACCUCCAGGUGUCACUCUGAGUGUGGGUGUUGGUGACAUGCAUUGCACGGGCCUGUCUCCCUGUUUGUGUAAACGUACCCGAGUGUACUGUGGCAUGUUUUGUGUCUACACAUGUCAUGGUGGGGGAGAUGUAUCUCUGCACAUGUGGGUGUCACCGUGUGUGCCCUGUCACUGUGCCUGGGUGAACGGCUGUGUCAUUAUAAGUGUGCCAAGUUAUGUCACCCUGUGUGCUCAGGGCACAUGCACACAGACAGUCAUUUAUCUCUGCACUCACAUUUUGUGACUCAUGAAGAUAAAUAAAGUCAAGGGAAAACAGCGUC